AUGCGAUGUGGUCAAAGCAGCUCUCAGGUCCUGCUCUUCAUUUGGUUCACGUUGCCCUACCAUCCAGCCUGGGCGCCAAAGGCCGAAAUGAAGACCUCGCCCCGCGAAACGAUCGUCGACAUGCCAGCUGGCGGCCUCGCCUUCGUAUUGGCACCAGAGCCUGGACAGAAUUCGACAAAUACUCCUCCUAGCCCGCCAAGGCUGGACGCAACUCAUCCCUACACUGUCGCCGAGCGCAUCGGGUCGUUGGUCGAAGCCGAGCUGACCACAAAAGAGCCACCAAAAUGGCGCGCUCUGCUCAGCAAGAUCAAACCGCUGAAACCAGGAGACCCCCAGCGUGUCCUGGUGGACCAUAUCGCUACAAUCACCCCGGAACAUCAUCAGCUCGCGGUGCUCUUCGCCCACAUGGUCUAUAUCCUACGACACCACGACGCAAGGAAAGCCGAUAUCAAAGACUAUCUAUCCUCGUGCUUCUGGACGGCCGUAAAUAAGGCCUUCGGUGAGACCUUCCAGCGACAAGACGAUUUCAAAGCUUUGGAACAAUUCAGCAAGAACUUCGAAAUCCACCGGGAAGACUACGGCUCCUCUGCACACAACGAUCAGCCCUUGGCUUACGAGAAUCAGAUGGACGCUCUUGCCGCUUACGCUCAAUAUCAACCAGCGAACUUGGUCUUCAAGCUGAUUUAUCUACACGAGCUGACGGCCGCCUCUCCCUCCGCGGAAAUCAAGGACCACAAUCACUCAGAAGCGGAGACCAGAGGCAAGUCUGAAGCUGAGGCCGAGGCACGGGCCACAAGUAUCUGCAUGCGGCUCAGCCAAGAAGAGGCCUGGGCGAGAUUCAAUGCAGAGGCGUUCCUGCGGACAGGACCAUCCUGGCAGUAUUACUUCUUUCAGCACGGCAUCGACCUGAAUAAGGUCUGA